AUGGAAGGACCACCACCGCCUCCCCCGCCGCAUGGCGCAAAUCCAAAUACGACCGAGGGGACCCCGAGAUAUCGAAAAUCGACGGAUUUGCCCGACGGGCCAUACGACAUUUUUGUGAUACCGCCUCAUUCUGCCGGAGGGGGGUUUCUUUAUUUACCGUCCUUGCAGUGCCAUCGCAACAGCUUCAUUGCAGGCUCGUUAUCUACCUUGGCAGUCGUCGGCUUGUGGAUUUUGGUACAACCCAUAGUAAAAACUUGGCUUGCGACGUCGAAUGCACCUGGAGGGAUGGGUAUCGUACUUUUAGUCCUUGCUGUUGGUUUUGCCGGCUGGUACUUUGGCACAUUACAGAAUGAUGGGGGUGCUACGAAAGGCAGUUCAUCAAGCAGACCGCGCCCCGGAGCAGGGUUCGCUAAUGGCUUCCAGUACGGUGGUGCACAGCCAAAUCCAGGAGGGGCUUACCCCGGUGCAGGACCACGGCCAACUCCUCAGUAUAAUACUACAGGCGGUCAAUACAACCCUGGUGGCGCAUCACAACCACCGCCAUUCAACAACCAUGGCACUCAGCCAAAUGGCGCUCCCCAGGAUAGUACCGCCAACAAUGCUCAGAGCAGCACCCCAAAAGAGGACCCUAAAAAGGCAGAAGCGGAAUGGGAAAGGGCUCGUGAAGAGACGAAACGCAAAGAAGAGAUUCGACGAAAGAUGGAAGCUUACAGAAAGAAGAGAGAGGCAGAAGAGGCGGAGCGGAGGAGGCAACAAGAGCGCGAAGCCAUGGAGAGGGAAUUGAAACAACGCAAGGAGGAGCUUGAAAGGGAAGCUGCCGCAGCUAAAGCAGCGGCAGAAAAAGAGAUUAGGGAAAGGGCUGCUAGAGAAGCCGCCGAACGGGAGGAACGAAUCAGAAAAGAAGAAGAAGAACGAGCUGAGAGAGCAAGAAAAGAAGCUGAAGAAAAAGAAGAGAGAGCAAGAAAAGAGGCUGCAGAAAAAGAAGAGAGAGCGAGAAAGGAAGCUGCAGAAAAAGAGGCUGCAGCCAAAGAGGCCGCAAAGAAAGAAGCAGCAGCGCGGUUUGCUGCGGCCAAAGAAGCUGCCGCUAAAAAGUUUGCCGCUGCAAAAGAGGCUGCGGCAAAGGCCAAAGCAGCCACUCCAGCUCCGGCUCCCAGUGCAGCGUCAGCCCCGAUUCCUCCACGAACUCCCUCGCCGAAAAAGGCACCACCGCCAUCAGCGAGGACCGCCGACGUCGAGGACGAUGCCUAUUCAUUCCGGCCUUAUGAUAGGCCACGACGACCGUAUGGGACAUCAGCGCCCUCUGUCUAUUCCGAGUCGUCAUAUGCUCCGUCCCAAUCGACAGCACGAACAACACCUCCACCGUCUCAUCGUGGACCGUAUAUGACCAAGGAUCCCGACAAAGUCAUUAUCCGCGGUGUGUAUCUUUUCAACAACGCUUUCCAGAAGACUCCGAUCGCACAGCUAGUCUCUGGCCAGGGAUCCGUCACGGAUGGACUAAUUCUGAGGAUUACCACAGAAGGUUUGUUCAUUGAUGACGAUGUACGCGGAGUCGCACAAAGGGAAUGGGACGUGAAAGCGUGGACGUUGAAGUCAAUUGAGACAAUCAAACUUCGAGGCCUACAAGUCGUCCGCGCCAGCGUCCGCGAUCAAGAAGGUAAAAGAUAUGUCAUUGUGCUCGCAGAAUCUGAAGUGUGGAAAGUCACUCUAGGCUUCAAGAAACUCAAAUCCGGUUCUCAAGCACGACACUUGAGUCAAUCGGAGUUGUCCAAGAACGAAGCCAAUACAUAUUUGACGAAUCUUGGCUAUUAGUAUGAUUGGUUCUUUUUCUGAUCAUUUCCGAGAGCAUUUGCAUGGCAUAAGGCAUCCAUUUUCCUUCUACACAUUGCUCUGCCAUUAGCGAUGAGAUUUCUUUUCUAUAAUCAUGAGUUUUUAUUGUUUUGUUAUUAAUCAUUGGAGGAGUUCCCUGUACAGACCAUCCCCUACCCGAAUGAUUUUGUCUACGAUUCCCCCCAUGCCCUUUGUUAUUAUAUCGUUGAAUAUUAGCACCAUAUAUCUCCCAGACUGAGCGAGAGAGAAGUCGA